GCCAAGCUGUCUCCCCGCAUUGUAGCGACAACGGUACGAGAGAAAGACUGUUGUGUGAGGCGGGAGUUUCAACGAGGUUAGAAAGUUCUCCAUCGCCGACAGACAGAAGAGAAAAGAAAAAGGUGCUGUUUGCUGGAACAUUUCAAUGGAUGAGAAACAGGACACCUGUGAUGUGGAUGCAAAUAUCAUGGAGAAAACUGUAAAUAUUAAGGAAGAGGACUGUGAGUGGAAGUCCAUCUACCUUAAACAGGAAAGUCUGAGCAUCAAGGAGGAGGACCAUGAACUACAGUCAGUGGGUAUUGAAAAAGAAACUGAAGAGAAGUCUGUCAGUAUUGAGAAACAUAACCAUACAAAUAUGGACAGUGUAAAAGAAGACAACCUUCAUGAUGGGUGUCAAGAUGGCGUGGUCACCAGGUUAGACUCUUCUCAUAGCAGACCCUGUUCAUCUCCAGAGCCUUCUAUCAAUGUGAAGUCUGAAUCAUUAGAGUCUGAACCAAAGAGGGCUGUGGAAACUACAUCUGUUAGAGCUCAGAAAAAUAAGCAACCACCUUCAAAGAAGUCUGGAAAAAGAAAUAAAGAUCACUGCAGUGUGGAAUGUGGCAGAGAAUUCUCUAACAGGAGUGCUCUUCAGAAAAACACGAGAGAUCACAUGGGAGAGAAGACCUAUUGCUGUAAUGAAUGUGGUAAACAGUUUUCACGUAUAACAAGUCUGAAGAAUCACACUAGAGUUCACACCGGAGAGAAGCCAUAUUGCUGUAAUGAAUGUGGUAAACUGUUUUCACAUAUGGACAGUUUACAGAAACACACAAGAGUUCACACUGGAGAGAAGCCAUAUUGCUGUAAUGAAUGUGGUAAACAGUUUUCACAAAUAAGCAGUCUUCAGAGACACACGAGAGUUCACAACAGAAUAAAAACAGUAGAAGUUCAAAAAUCAAGAGUGACGUUCAGUCCUGUCCUGAAAAGUAAGCAAACUAAACUAUUGUUAAGAAAUGAAUCUCAAAGAGAAGCCAUAUUGCUGUUUGGAAUGUGGCAAACAAAUCUGUCAGAGCAGUACACUUCAGAGACGCACCAGAAUUCACACCGGAGAGAAGUACAACUGAACUGUCCUGACUAAAGAGUGAGGUUCACUCCUGCCUGGACAGUAAGCACAUGUACCUGACACAAAUCCAUCCUACUUAGUGUUGUGUCAAAAAAAAAAAA